GUACCUGGGCGAGUGCUCCGAGGUGGAGGGCCAUCCGCUGGCAAAGCUUCUGCAGACCUACGUGCGCGAGUCAGAGGACAACACCUGGGACAAAGUCGUCGAUCAAACAGUGACCAGUGGAACAAACGGCCUUCGCAUGCCGUACUGCGACAAGGCCCAGCGCAUCCUCAAGCGGGAGUUUGUGGAGCGCAAGCAGCGGGGAGAGGUCUUUACCGAGCGUCAGCUGCAGGACCUCCACGCAUAUCUGAAGGAGGAGGCUGGACGACCCUGUCUACCCGAGGGCAUCCUCCGACUGAUCCCAGCUAAAAAUGUUGAGGAUGACGACGCACUUCCUGAG